AACGUCAACAUACCGAGAGCUGCUGUGUGACGUCAUCAUUCGGCGACAUGGUUUUCAUUUUGUAAACAUUUCAGAGCUGGAGACUCUAAAGUGAAGAAACUAAUGGAUAAUCUUGUGAAGGUACACGGAGCUGGCGGCUAUGACUCUGACUUCAGUGACGAUGAUGGACAGGGAGAGUCCUCAGAGAGAGGACUUAAGAGGAAACGUGAGGAGGAAAUAUUGCAGAAACCAUUCCACAAAGGUCGCCACUCCAAAGUGGCUCACAGCAGUUUCCACUCUAAUGAACUGGACAGAGAGGAAGCCAGGAACAGAAGAGCCCAUCUGAUAUCAAUGAAUGCUUUUGAGCGGCAUAAGAAGUUUGUCGGUGACUACAUACUGUAUUAUGGAGGGCAGAUGGCCGACUUCAAACGAUCUACCUCUAAAGACAAGAGAGAUCUGGACGUGCUGCGUGAAAAUCAUCGCUUCCUCUGGAGGGACGAGGACGAGGAAGACAUGACAUGGGAAAAAGAACUUGCCAAGAAGUAUUAUGACAAGCUCUUUAAAGAAUACUGCAUAGCUGACCUCAGCAGAUACAAGGAAAACAAGUUUGGAUUUCGUUGGCGGACUGAGAAUGAAGUUGUCUCUGGCAAAGGUCAGUUCCAAUGUGGAAACAAACGCUGUGAGAAGGAGGAAGGCCUAAAAAGCUGGGAGGUCAAUUUUGCCUACGUUGAACAAGGGGAGAAGAGGAAUGCAUUGGUCAAACUCAGAUUAUGCCCUGAAUGCUCUUUCAAACUCAACUACCAUCACAAGAGAAAGGAGGUGAAAGCAAAGACAAAUACUCAAAGGGAGAAUCAGGAGCCACCAAAGAAGAAGAGCAAGAAGAGGAAGAGAUCGUCGUCACAUUCUAAGAAGCACAAACGCAAGAGGCACAGAGAUCGCUCCACCUCUUCCAGCAGCUCAGAAGAGUCGCAAAACUCGGACAAAGGCUCUGAAGCCGAGGAUGAGCCGGAGGACCAAUCAGAAGCCGACCACUGGCGAGGACCCGCUCCCGCAGUGGAGGAAAAGUCAAGGGAGGAGGAGUUCGAAGAGUACUUUGAAGACAUGUUUCUUUGAAUCUGCUGGUAUCAGCAGGAACCCUACUGUGACUACACUUCUCUCUGUGUCCCGCUGACAUUAAGCAUGGUCUGUGUGUGUGCAUGUAAGGUUUAUUUCGCUGUAUGUUCCAUUACUACUACAGAAAUAAAAACCAUGUUUAUCCUC